GCACCUACCAACAAUCACUACCCCCCAAUCUAUGCCCCAAAACCCCAUCCACACAUCACUCAAAAUCCCAUUUCAGUUGCCAUCUCAAUCAAAUCCAUCCACAUUGCCCUUGAAACACACAAACAAAUCUGAUUUUUGGGGUGCUGGAAGUGGAAAUGAUGCCUUCACUUUCACAGAUUAGGCCUCUCUCCUGCUUGCAAGGACACAACUUCCAACAUGGAGGAGAGUUGGGAUAAAAACCAAUGGUUGGGUGAGGGACUUUGAGUCCUCACAUGACAGUAGAAGCUAAAGGCUAAAGCUGAGUUUUUGAUUUCUCUGUUUGGUGUUUUCCAAUUUUUUUUUUUUAUCACUCUCUCUUGAUCAGGAAGGGGGGACCACCUUUUUGAGCUUUCUGCCCUAAUUUUUUCUUUUUCUACCUCCAAAGUUCCAUUUUUUAUCCCUUCUUCUCCCACCUCCACCUCAUUCUCUUAUGGUAAGAAAUAUAUAAUAGAAGAAGAAACUGAGACUCUGUGAGUGGAUGGAAAUCAAUCACAUAAGACACUGUUUUGCAUCUCUGUUCUUCUCACCACUCCACCAAAGGUCCCUUCUGUAGCUGUUUGGCUGUUGUAUACCCCUUGCUGUGGACCUCCAUUGUUGUACCCUUCUUGUGUUUUUUUCUGGAAGCAUUGGCAUAUUCUAUGUCCUCUAUUAGGGUUUUGCAAACCCUAGUGCCCUUGCAAUGGUGACAACUGAUCGUUGCUUACUAUAAUUCUCCUCCUGCCAAUGAUAUUCGUGUCAUCGAUGUUUCUCAUACCAUCAAGUUGAUAAGGAUGAAGAGUUUGACCUGCUAAUCUCAUGUUUCAAAUAGCCAAACAAUUUCUGACAUAAAUAGAUGGUAUCAGAAAACUUCGUGAAACCAUCAGCAUCUGGUUUCAUACAGCAUUGUGCCGUAGCCAACUAGCCAUGGAUGAUCAUUCAGUUCACUCCGAGGAUCUCUCCCCCGCUUUGCAGUUCGACGGAAGGAACCAAAAUAAUUUUGUUCAGCUUGAUAGUUCAGUUACAGGACAAUUGUAUAGACCGAUCGAUCUUGUUCAUAAUCGAGCAUGUGAGUAUCCUGACAACAGUGGAAGGAUACGCGCAAUGCAUCUUCAAACUGCAGAAGGCAAUGAUUACCGAGGCUUAUGUUACGGGCAGGAUAACGGACUUUCAUUGACUCUUGGUUCGUGUGCAUUGUCUGACAUGGUAAAUGCAUAUCAGUAUAAGCAGAAAGGUAUGCAAGGAAACAUGAUAUGUUCGAGUUAUAUAACUGCUCGAGAUGAUCUCACAGACUCUUGUUGUCUGUCUGCUAGACAUAUGAGGGAUGAAUACAUGUCUUGUGCUGAUGAAACAGCAAAUGGCGAUUACAGUUCGAACCAAUCCAGUAAUCUACCUAAUAGUAUUGUGUAUUAUGCUGCUAGCAUUCAGAGUUCUCGGUACUUGAAGCCGAUGCAGCAGUUGCUCGAUGAAGCUGUAUGUGUGAGCAAUGGGGUAGAGUUAGAGUCUGAUAAGCAGUCGAGAAAGAUUUUUUUAGCUCGAAUGUCUCUCGGAAAUGCUGCUAGAAUUAGAGAAUGGGUGAAUGUUCAUGAUGAUCAUUUAUCGUCUCAUGAGAAGCAUGAUGUUCAGAUUAGGAUCAACAAACUUGUUCAUCUGUUAGAUGAGCUUGAGAGCAGAUAUGAGCAGUAUUUUCAUCGAAUGGACAAUGUAAUAUCAUCAUUUGAAAUGAUAGCAGGAAGAGGAGCUGCAACUUCAUACAUUGCUCUCACCAUCCAAGCAAUGUCUCGGCACUUUAUCAACCUAAGAGACGCAAUAAUUGCCCAAAUUCAUGCUUCAAGACAUCAGUUUCUAGCUGAAGGUUCACUGAGAAACCAACCUACAUUGUCUCAAAAUGAAGUGAUGGACCAAAACACAAGACAAGCAAAAGAUUCACUUCAUCGUCUCGGCAUGAUCCAAGUUCGCCAAGUUUGGAGGCCACUGAGAGGUUUACCAGAGAAUUCAGUUGCUCUUCUUCGAGCUUGGCUUUUCGAGCAUUUCCUCCACCCUUAUCCUAACGAGCACGAGAAACUCAUGCUGGCUUCCAAGACAGGCCUUACUAAAAAUCAAAUUUCAAACUGGUUCAUAAACGCUCGAGUUCGUCUUUGGAAGCCGAUGAUUGAAGAAAUGUACAGGGAAGAAAUUGCGGAGGAUUCAAGAGAUUCUAUUUCUUCCUAAACAUGAUUACUACUUGAUAAAUGAAUUCUGAUGGAAGUAAAGCAGUAAAAAUUGUAGGAUGAAUUGGAGUGAUCAUUACUCAUAAAGAUCAAUUUCUUCGUAUUAAUAGAUCUCUCUGAUUCCCUGCUAUAUCUCUGUAUCAAUUCCCAUAAACUACUUAGUUUUAAUUUGAUAUUUUGAUCCAUUUUGUAAAGAGCCUUAAAU